AAACCCAGAAACCUCAAAACGGCAAAACCCCAUCCCUGAUCCUCUUCUCAGUUCUCACUGCACACUCUCCCUCUCUCCUCAUCCGCCGUAUUUCCACCGCCGGAAACCCAUCUCUGCCGCCCCUUCAGCCGUCUUUCCCUUAUGGUAACGUGCAUUUCUGGCAUCAAAACUAACCCAUUUCUUGGUGGGUAUACUCCUAUAUAGUUUAGUGUGAUGAAUAGCUUGUUAUCCCAAAUAUCUUCAUACUCUUCAUCAAUUCUACUAAAAUCAGCUCGUUCAAUUGUGGGUUGCAGUAGUUCUUGUUGUUAUUCCAAUUUAUCUUGGAAAAGGAGUAUUAAUCACCCAGGAAUUAAAUCCAUCAGUUUGAAUUCAUCAUCACCAGCAUCUGUGUUUUCAAGGAUUGGUGCAAUUCAGUGCUAUUCUACUAAGAGGAAGGUUCCCUCGAAGAAAAAAUCGAAGCCGGAGGCGGUAAUGGAGGACGAUAAGGAGAAGGAGGCGUUUUUCGUGGUUCGAAAGGGGGAUAUUGUUGGUGUUUAUAAGACUUUGAGUGAUUGCCAAGAUCAAGUUAGCUCUUCGAUAUCAGACCCUCCAGUUAGUGUAUAUAAAGGAUAUUCUCUGCCUAAGGAUGCUGAGGAAUAUCUUGCCUCCCGUGGGCUUCACAAUGCACUAUAUACCAUCAAAGCUUCUGAUCUGAAAGACGAUCUUUUUGGCACACUAGUUCCUUGUCCUUUUCAGGAACCAGCAUCUUCCAGAGGUGAGACAUCCAACACGGAUUUGCCACAGAAGAGGCCUCACGAUGUGCUAGAACCUGGAAAUGUGGAGGAUGUUGGAUUGCUGUCAACCUCUAUUGAUCAAUUAAGCAAGCUUCAGAAGUUGGAUCACGCGCCUUCUGAUACUAAAACCUGUGUUCUUCAUUUUGACGGUGCUUCUAAAGGAAAUCCUGGACAAGCUGGUGCUGGAGCUGUGCUUCGAACUUUAAGUGGAACCUUGAUUUGUAGAAUACGUCAAGGCUUGGGAAUUGCCACCUGUAAUGCUGCUGAAUAUCGAGCUAUUAUUUUAGGGUUAAAGAAAGCUCGUGAGAUGGGUUAUACAACUAUUCAAGCGCAAGGUGACAGCAAACUUGUCUGCAUGCAGAUUCAGGGUUUAUGGAAGGUCAAGCAUGAAAACAUGUCUAUCUUGCAUGCAGAGGCAAAGAAACUGAUGGAGCAGUUUGCUUCUUUUAAGAUCAGUCAUGUUUUAAGGGAAUUUAACUCUGAUGCUGAUGCACAAGCAAAUUUUGCCGUUAGUCUUGCUGAUGGUGAAGUACAAGAGGUUUUCUCUUAGCUGUAGAUGUUGCUAAGUGAGUUUUUGGAACCACAUUAUUAGCUUUCCAUCUUCCGUCAAUAGCAAAAGAAACAUUGGUUUACAAGCGAAUAAUGGAUAUGAAUUUGCGUGGCUCAACUUAACUCAGAAAAAUCAGCAUCAUUGGCCCUGUGACAUCAAACUUUGUAGUUACAUAUCUAGAGAGAAUUGAUUCCAUGGAAGCAACAACUGUGAGAUAUCGAUAUGGAGAAACAAAGCCUGUGGUGAUACUGGAACAAGAUUCCAGAUUUUCAACAGAUCCCAGAUACUAAAUAUCAAGUAUAUAUAUACUCUGUUUGACAAUUUUGUUACAUUAUACGGCGGAGUACAUUUUUGGGAUGUCCUGUAUUAAAAUAGUACUCCGUAUUGAUUAACCGUCGGAAGAGUUUUAUCCAUUUACUUUGUGCUUAAUCGAUCAUGCGAUUUAUUAAGGUUUGUAAACUGUUCGUUUAGCGUAUUUGAAGCUUGGACUGAAACUA